UCAUUUAUGUAUCUAUCUAUCCCUCCAUCCAGUAAUCAACCAAUCAUUCCCCAUACCAUCAAGCAUCCCCAACGCCCAACACCCAUUGAUCCCCAAAACCUGCACCGCGCCCCUUUUCUUCCGCCAGUCGUGAUAAUGCAGGGUCUGCGAUGGAUGCACUACCUAAAACCCCCCGAGAAAGAAACAACCAAACAAACAACCAAAAGAAAUACCGACCCGAUGCAGACUCCAAAAGUCAAGAGACAUGACCCAGAAGGAAAUAAAAAAGAAGGUGGAACGCUUUUCGGGUGCUCAGUCAGUCUAUCGAUAAUGUUGAAUAUCGAAAAACUUGCCGCGGACCAGAAAUAUGCUGAUUGUGAGAGAGGCGAUUGCGGUAGAGAAAAAAACAGAGUCGAUGUUUUGGGGGUCCGGUUGAUCGAUAUGUUGAAUGGGACCGAUGGGAGAGGCGCGCGGGUUGCGAUAUGUUGAAUAUCGAGGAUGCGCUGAGUACCUAUAGGAGGAUAUGUAGAUCGUGAAGAGAAGCAAAUACGUGGAGAUGACAAGCAAAAUAGAAAAAGGCA